CGGCGACACCGACCAGAACUUCACCCUUCGAAGCAAGUAGGGUAUAAACAAUUGUAUGCAUGUUAUGGCGUAUCGUCUAUCUGUGCGAUUGCCAAUACAGAGUGGCAUGAGAUGCCCCCGCUUGUAUACGCUGCGUCUUGUCCUUCUAUCACAAUACCCCAAGUUGGUCCAGUCCAGCUCAAUCGGAUGUGCACCGCCUAGGAGUUACGCAACACAUCGUGAUACUCCGUCCUCAUUGCUGUCCCAGCAACUUGAACGAGCGGCUAGAAGUAAUGUGAAUGGACCUUCCAGCCCUGGGGCUGGUGACUCUAUCGGACCUUUUCCUCUGGGUGUCCAGUCUCUCAAUAUGCGGAAUGAUGAUAAAUUUGUCCCUUGGAAUGAGCUCACCCCUGGGGGUAAAGUGAUUCGUACAACUGCCAGAGCUACAAAUUUUACGGUCAUUCUCCUUGGCGCCUCACUAUCUAUAGUUCUUACCUGGGCGCUUGCCACAGAGCUGUUUGCCAGAAAUUCUCCAACGGUUCUUUAUGGCGACGCGUGCGAGAAAAUUAAAGCAUCUCCAAGUAUCGCCCGUUACUUGACUCCCCCGCUAUCUUUUCAUACCACCCCUCCCUCUUCCACAAACUUACCACCUCGCCACCGUAACCGACAUCCCCAAAAAUAUGAAGCAGUGGAUGCCGAGGGAAGAGAACAUCUUCUGAUUCACUUCUGGAUCAGUUCUUCAGCACAACAUGAAGAACCGUCUGAAUCGUGGUCUCAGUGGAUUUCGGAAUUAGAAGGCGGUGACUUUUCAAGUAUCUUAGCCACAAUAAGGGAGCGCGCUACGCACUCUUGGGAGUCAGCAAAGCAGGCGGUGGCUUACGUGUCAGGGAUGACACCCACAUUAACACCCGUUCCACCACCAAAGCCCUUAAUUCCAUCGGAACGAUUCCAGCGCGAAGCGAAAGAAGAUAAUGGAGCAUGGAGCUUUUUGGGGAUGUUCAAGGGGAUGAAGUUCGCAGGGCGAAGCCAGACUAACAGACCGGAUGAAGAUGGGACAGGUUUUGGGGGACAGAAUAUCCAUUGGAGUACCGCAGAAGUCCACGCUGACUUCGUGAAGGAUCCUAGCGGAGUUUUCCAAUAUCGGUAUCUGCUUGUCGAUGUACCAAACUCCAAAUCCCGCAGGUCAAUCAGAAUCACAGUAGAGAAGACUGAUUCCUAUGACGAAAAUCGAGAUGGGGUUUUCCUUUGGCAGUAAUUGCUGGAUGUCCAAUAGGUGGAUAACCGACAUAUAUAUAUUUAGGUAGCACGGUGAAACAACAAUUUAUAUCACUGGCCGAUACGUUUAAGUCCCAGUUGUAUAUCCCAUAUCAUUUACGAGG